AUGCUCUGCGCAAUCUCCGGGGAGGCUCCCCAAGUGCCUGUUGUUUCGCCCAAAAGCGGAAAUGUUUUUGAAAAGCGCCUUAUUGAGGCAUAUAUUACGGAACAUGGAAAGGAGCCGGUUACAGGCGAAGAGCUUACCAUUGAGGAGCUCGUUGAGCUGAAAUCCGCACGCGUUGUUCGCCCUCGUCCACCAACAUUAACUUCGAUUCCGUCCCUACUUGGUGUAUUUCAGGAAGAGUGGGAUGCGUUGGCGCUAGAAACAUAUAAUUUGAGGCAGACUUUAGACCAAACAAGACAAGAGCUUAGCACUGCGCUGUAUCAACAUGAUGCUGCGGUUAGAGUGAUUGCAAGGCUACGGAAAGAGAGGGAUGAUGCGCGCGAUGCUCUCUCAAAAAUAUCUGUGGGUGCGGGGCGUGCUCCGACUAAUGGCGAUGCAAUGCAGGUGGAUAGCACCGGCAUUCCGGCGUCCGUGAUCGCACGAAUUGACGCGACCCAAGAACACCUCUCAAAAACACGCCGCAAGCGUCCUAUUCCUGAAGAUUGGGCUACCAACGAGGUGAUACAACAGUUCAAAGUUGUUGCUACUUCCGACUCACUUUAUCCUGGUGGAGACUCUUUGUCGCUCAAUGAAUCUGGAGAGUUAGCCUUGGUUGGGGGUGCUGAUGGAGUCGCAGGUGUAUACUCGUUUUCUAAACACUCUAUCCUCUUUUCUUUGAAAGGCGGUAGUGGCGUUAUCACCGAUACAAUGUGGGUUGGUGAGAAAGCAGUUAUUUCAACAUCUACUGGGCUGGUAAAGGUGUUUGAUGGAGAAUCCGAGAUCGCAAGCUUCCAUUCACAUGCGGGAGAAGUGAAAGCUCUGGCAAAACAUCCGACCGGAGAUCUUUUGGCCUCCGUCGGCGUUGACCAGAGCUAUGUGCUCUAUGACCUUGCCUCAUUAACAGUUGUUGCGCAAAUUUUCAGUGAUUCUGGAUUACUGUCUGCCCAAUUUCACCCCGAUGGCCAUCUACUAGCCGCAGGGGCCACUGAUGGACAGAUCAAAAUAUUCGAUGUUAAGACCGGCGCAAAUGCCGCGACUUUUACGUGCCCAGGGCCUGUCAAGGCUAUAUUCUUCUCGGAAAACGGAACUUGGCUCGCAUCAGCUACUGAGGCUUCGUCUAGCGUAUCUAUCUGGGACCUUCGCAAGUCCGAUGUGGUAAAAGUGCUGGAUGUUGGAAACCGGGUGGAUUCACUCUGCUGGGACUACACAGGACAGUUUCUGUUGACGAGCGGACCUCACGGCUUGACUGUGCAGCACUACUCAAAGUCGGCCAAAUCGUGGAGCGAGCCUCUGCGCAGUGCUGUGCCUGCGAUCUCAGCCGUCUGGGGCAGAUCGGCGAACAGCAUUGUCGCUCUUAACGCCGACGGGGUUCUGACUGUAGUGGGAUCGGAAUGA